AUACCCAACCCGGUUUGCCAUAAAUCACCCCAAACCGAGCUGGAAGCUCAGAGACAGAGCUGAUACACACAGUCUGCCUCUGUCUGUUGGUCUCCCUCUGUCCCUCUGUCAGCACCUCUCUGUCUGUUCCUCUGUCUGUCCCUCUGUCCUCCUGUGAGUCCAUCCUAGCGUCAGCACAGAGGUGAGCCACCAGGACCUUCUCGUCCAUCAAAGAUUUUGUGUUGUAGUCCGGCGGGAUGGCUGACCCAGCUCCAAACCUUUUUCCCAACGUAAGCCGCAAACCAGGUCUGCAGAUAUGGACCAUCAACAACAUGGAAAUGGUUCCUGUUCCGCCUCAGGGCUAUGGGAACUUCUUCGAGGGAGACUGCUACCUGGUGCUCUACCAGCGCUCGGCGGGCGGGGCGGCUGACAUCCACUACUGGAUCGGGGGCUCCUCCUCCCAAGACGAGCAGGGGGCUGCGGCCAUCCUGGUGACCCAGCUGGACGAGAGCCUGGGGGGCAGCCCGGUGCAGCACCGCCAGGUCCAGGGGGCCGAGUCCCCCUCCUUCAGGAGCUACUUCAAGAACGGCCUCAUCUACAAGAAGGGUGGGGUGGCGUCCGGGUUCCAGCACGUGGAGACCAACUGCUACAGCGUCCUGCGCCUGCUGCGUGUCAAGGGACGCAAGAACGUCACGGCGACGGAGGUGGACGUGUCUUGGAACAGCUUCAACAAAGGGGACAUCUUCCUGUUGGACAUGGGGAAGAACAUCAUCCAGUGGAACGGGCCCCAGAGCAACCGCAGAGAGAAGCUCAAGGCAGUCCUGUUGGCACAGGACAUCCGGGACCGGGAGCGGGGGGGCCGGGCCCAGAUCAACGUGGUUGAGGGGUCAGACGAGGAAGACUCUCCGGAGCUGAUGAAGACCAUGAUGGCGGUGCUGGGCCAGAGGACUGGCCAGAUGAAAGACGCUGUUCCGGACGACAGCCGCAACAAAGCGCAGCACCAAAGCGUGAAGCUCUACCAUGUGACGGACAACAGUGGCAAGCUGGUGGUCCAGGAGGUGGCAUCCCAGCCCCUCACCCAGGACCUCCUGCACUCCACAGACUGCUACCUGGUGGACCAGGGCGGCUCCAGCCUGCUGGUGUGGAAGGGCCGCCAGGCGUCCCCGGUGGAGCGACGCUCCGCCCUCAGCAGUGCGGUGGGCUUUAUCAAAGCCAAAAGCUACCCAGCCACCACCAACGUGGAGGUGAUGAGUGAGGGAGCCGAGUCGGCUAUCUUUAAACACCUGUUCCAGUCCUGGAGGGAGACCAACCAGACCAUGGGCCUCGGCAGCACCUACAGCAAGGGGAGAAUAGCCAAAGUGGAGCAGGUGAAGUUCAACGUGAUGGAGCUCCACGCUCGCCCUGAACUGGCAGCACAGCAGCGCAUGGUUGACGACGCUUCAGGAGACGUGAAGAUCUGGCGUAUUGAAAAUGUGGAGCUGGCCGAGGUGAAGCCCAGCAGCUACGGACAGUUCUACGGAGGGGACUGCUACCUGGUGCUCUACUCCUACCGGAUGUCCAGCAGGCAGCACUAUAUCCUGUACAUGUGGCAGGGCCGCCACGCCACCCGGGACGAGGUGACAGCGUGUGCCUUCCAGGCGGUGAACGUGGACAACAGCCUCCAGGGGGCGGCCGUCCAGGUCAGGGUGGUCAUGGGCAAGGAGCCGCGACACUUCCUGGCCAUCUUCAAAGGGAAGCUCAUCUUGUUCGAGGGUGGGACGGGCCGGCCGGGCGUGGCGCCCCCCAGCACGGACACGCGUCUCUUCCAGGUGCGCGGGACCAGCGAGCUGAACACCAAGGCCACCGAGGUGCCGGCGCGCGCCUCCUCCCUCAACACCAACGACGUGUUUCUGCUAAAGACCCCCGCCACCAGCUACCUGUGGUAUGGCAAGGGCUGCAGCGGAGAUGAGCGCCUGAUGGGCAGAGCCAUGUCUGACGUGCUCUCCAAGGAGGACAAGCAGGUGGUGAUGGAGGAUCAGGAGCCAGCCGAAUUCUGGGUCGCUCUGGGGGGAAAGGCCCCGUACGCCAGGGACAAGAGGCUGCAGAAGGAGGUGCCUCUCCACGCCCCCCGGCUGUUUGAGUGCUCCAAUCAGACGGGCCGCUUCCAGAUGGAGGAGGUGAACGACUUCACACAGACGGACCUGGACGAGGAGGACGUCAUGCUGCUGGACACCUGGGAGGAGGUCUUCCUGUGGAUCGGCAGCUCGGCCAAUCAGCACGAGACCCAGGAGGCCGUCAACAGCGCUCUUGAUUACCUGAGAACCCACCCGGCGGGACGCGACCUUGACACGCCCCUCAUCUCCGUCAAGCAGGGCUACGAACCCCCCACCUUCACCGGCUGGUUCAACGCCUGGGACCCCCACAAGUGGAGCGGAGGGAACUCCUAUGAGCAGAUGAAGAAGGAGCUGAGUGAUGCAGGGUCCCCGUCGGUGAUCACUGUCGACCUCAACAAAGCCAAUCUCAGUAAGAACCCUGUUGGGUUCACAAACGGGAAUGGGGGCUCGUCAUACAGCGCCCAGGGGGGCCCAGUAGGUACCCCUCCAGGUUACAUGACCCAAGGGGGAAGGCUGUCCCCAAGAGCCUCCAGUCCGGCCAACCCAUCCAGCCCAUCCAGUCAGAGGGCCAAGUCCAGCCUCUCUAUGAACCUAUCCCCGGGCUCACGGCCAGGGUCAGUGUAUGGGACAGGGGCUGUUUCAGGGUACGGGUCAGGGCAAGGUUCAGGGUAUGGGACCAGGGUUGUAUCAGGAUCAGGGCAAGGAUCAGGGGUUGUUGCCGGAUACGGGUUAGCGCAAGGAUCAGAGCUAGGGUCAGGGUACGGGUCAGGGUCUGUUUCAGGGCAAGUAUCAGGGCAGGGGUCAGGGAAUAUGUCAGGGCAGGGGUCAGGGUACAGGACAGAGGUUAGUUCAGGGUUCAGUUCAGGAAAUGGAUCUGGGAUUGGGUCAGAGAUUGGGUCAGGGACAGGACCAGGGUAUGGCUCAGGGCCUGGUAACGGAUCAGGGCCAGGUUUUGGAUCAGGGGCUGGAACAGGGCCAGGGUAUGGAUCAGGGGUUGUGUCAGGGAACAGGUCAGGCAGCGACGCCCCCCAAUCCCCCACCUCAGCAGGCAGCACAAUGUUCUCCUGCUACUCCAGGGGCUCGAACUGGGACCCUCAGGCAGAGGAGUCCUCUGGGGUCUCCCAGCACCACAUGGCCCCUGAGCACCUGAUCAACCGGCAGCCGGAGGAGAUGCCCAAUGGAGUGGACCCCAGGCAGAAAGAGAUGUACCUCUCCGAUGUGGACUUCGAAAACCUGUUGGGCACCAACCGCGCUGACUUCCUACGCCUGCCAGCAUGGCGUCAGAGCGAUUUGAAGAAGAAGGCGGGGCUUGUUUAGACAGGAGGCGAUUGGUUGCACAGUGGGUUGGUGUAAAAGAAAAAACCCCGAGCUUAGUAUAGCAGUUAGCUUUAUGAACAAACUCCAGUUCCCUAGAUUAGAAUAGAUGUAUGUUGGGUCGAACCAGGUCAUUCAGAAAGCAGAUUCCCUUCAUGAUCUAGAAUAUUAGCUUUGUUUGAAAUAUUGGCAUUGCAUCUAAUUGUUUUCUACUAAAACUGAUUUUUAUUAUACAAAUCGUAAAGAACAGAUGAGUUAACAAUUUUAGUAUAAAAAAAUAGCGCAUGAUCAAUAAUCUACUAUUAGUGGCCUAUAACCUAGAAUCACUCCUAUAAAUACCAGCCAGUAAACAUUUCAACAACCUGUUGAAUAAUCAAGUUGUGGUACAUAUUCUGUUGUCAAAAACAUGUAUAAUAAACAAACUGUUGAUCAGAAUUAUGAUCAUUAAUUUAUUCAUUUAAGUCCAAAUGCAGUUAGCUUGCAAGUGGGAGCGACAGCACAUGCAAAGC